CAGACUUAUGCGUCACUGCAUGUGAGGAAAGAGGGGUAUGGGCUUUAGUCAUGGAGAGGCACACACACACACACAAAAAAAACAGCUGGAGGCUGAGCUUAAAAUACGGGCUGGUUGCAAAGAAGAGACCCAAAUCCACAAAGCAUAGAUUUCGGGGCUGCCAGGAAGAACAGCAGCAGGGCAGGAGAGAAGUGCCAGCAGCCUGCAGGAUGCCACUGCCUCCCGGCCUCCUUCUGCUGCUGCUCUCGGGGGCCACAGCCAUGGCCACCACUGCCCUGACCCUGGACGACGGCCCCACGGGCCAAGCCAGCGAGCGUAUGCAGGAAGCGGCAGAAAUAAAGCAAAGCAGCCUCUUGACUUUCCUUGCCUGGUGGUUCGAGUGGACCUCCCAGGCCAGUGCGGGGCCACUCCCAGGAGGGGAAGCCAGGGAGGUGUCCAAGCGGCCAGAAGGCCCGCCCCUCCAACAGUCCACACGCCAGGAUAGAACACCCUGCAAGAACUUCUUCUGGAAGACCUUCUCCUCCUGCAAGUAAAGCCCCACCCUGAUUACUCAUGCAAAUAGUGUAAUGAUGGACUUGAAUAAAAUGUAUUAAGCACUA